AAUACUACUUCGCCUUUUCGUGUAAUUUCACCUACUUCUCCGAACCAUCACAGUGGCGGCGAUCGUUGGACUCAAGUUUUUGUCGUCCAGUUUUCGUAAAAUCGCUCUCAGGACGACAGUUUUGUCUUCCCGACAGUUGUGCGACUACUUCAGCGACACCGAAGACACGAUGUCAGGCAGGUACGGCCACGGAGACGGCGGCAGAAGGGGAUACGGAAAUCGAGGCGGCAGCCCUCCGAGGUUCGGGCGCGGCGGGGACCGUGGUGGUGGCGGCGGUGGGGGCAGGCCGGGGUUCGGCUCCGGGUACAACAUCGGGGGCGGCAGCCGACCCAGUCUGAAGGGGUCGCAGCCCGGAGAGCGUCUCCGCAAACCCAAGUGGGACCUGUCCAAACUCCCGCGCUUCGAGAAGAACUUCUACAGGGAGCAUCCCAACGUUUCCAACAUGUCACAGGUUGCAGCAGAACAGUACCUGACCGAGAGACAGAUCACAGUGAGAGGCCGGGAGGUGCCCAAACCUGUCACUACCUUCGCUGAAGGGUCAUUCCCUGAUUACGUGAUGGAGGAGAUCGCUCGCUCCAACUUCGAGUUCCCGACUCCGAUCCAGGCGCAGGGCUGGCCCAUCGCCCUGUCUGGGAAGGAUCUGGUGGGGAUCGCACAGACUGGCUCCGGAAAAACCCUCGCAUACAUGCUGCCUGCCAUUGUCCACAUCAACCACCAGCCAUUCCUGGAGCGUGGAGACGGGCCCAUCUGUGUUGUGCUCUGCCCGACACGUGAGCUCGCCCAGCAAGUUCAGGAGGUGGCCGUCCAGUUCGGACACUCCUCUCGCAUCAAGAACACGUGCGUGUACGGAGGCGCGCCGAAAGGCCCCCAGCUCCGAGACCUUGAACGGGGAGUGGAGAUCUGUAUCGCCACCCCCGGCCGACUGAUCGACUUCCUGGAGGCCGGGAAAACCAACCUGCGGCGCUGUACCUACCUGGUUCUGGACGAGGCCGACCGUAUGCUGGACAUGGGCUUCGAACCCCAGAUCAGGAAGAUCAUUGAACAGAUCAGGCCCGACCGUCAGACCCUGAUGUGGAGCGCCACCUGGCCCAAGGAGGUUCGACAGCUGGCCGAGGAGUUCCUACAUGAGUACAUCCAGGUGAACAUCGGCGCUCUGUCUCUCUGUGCCAACCACAACAUCCUGCAGAUCAUUGAUGUGGUGCAUGAACAUGAGAAGGACCACAAGCUGAUCAGGCUCCUGGAGGAGAUCAUGGGAGAGAAGGAGAACAAGACCAUCAUCUUCGUGGAGACGAAGCGCCGCGUGGACGACCUCACACGCCGCAUGCGCAGGGACGGGUGGCCUGCCAUGUGUAUCCAUGGUGACAAGUCCCAGCCGGAGAGAGACUGGGUGCUCAAUGAGUUCCGAACUGGACGUGCGCCAAUACUGGUGGCCACUGAUGUUGCUUCUCGUGGUCUAGAUAUCACCGACGUCAAGUUUGUCAUUAACUUUGACUACCCGGCCUCGGCGGAGGACUACGUUCACCGCAUCGGGCGAACCGCCCGCAGCGAGCGCACCGGAACGGCGUACACGUUCUUCACCCCCAACAACAUGAAGCAGGCCAAGGAGCUGGUGUCUGUACUGCAGGAGGCUCGACAGCAGAUCAACCCCAAACUGAUAGAGAUGGUGGACACCGCGAGGGGCGGCUUCGGAGGACGGGGAGAUCGGCGAAGGUGGCGGUAUUAGAGAAUCAUGGGAAUUCUCAAAAUGCCAAAUUCCGUCUUUCUAAUUGCAGAUCGGCGUCGGUACAGGACGUCCGGCGGUGGUUCCCGUGACGACCGUGGGGGCGGUCGCGACUUCCGGAGCGGGUGGGGUGGCAAGGG